AUGGCGACUGAAAUGGACAUCGACCCGCCCACUCAAGACAACGAGGCACCAUCACAAUCAGGCCCUGAGCCAAGAACGCAUUCAGCAGCCGUCGCAGUCCGAAGUAUCGAAGGAUGGAUUGUUCUAGUGACCAACAUCCACGAAGAAGCUUCCGAGGAAGACGUUACCGAUCUCUUUGCUGAACACGGCGAGAUCAAAAAUUUCAACCUGAACCUUGACCGCCGCACGGGUUAUGUCAAGGGCUAUGCUCUGAUUGAAUAUUCGACACUCCCCGAAGCAAGCGCUGCUAUUAAAGCCCUCGACGGUACCAAAUUGCUCGACCAAACUAUUCAUGUAGACUAUGCCUUUGUCCGACCUCCUCCAGGCGCAAAGGGCAAAGGAGGAGCGCAAAAGGGUGGCCGAGGUGGAAGGGCACGAAGCAGAAGCCGCGACCGCAGUCGCAGUCCUGAAGCUGACAAUGGAAGGGAUUAG